CAUCACAUGACUCUUUUCUUCUGACAAUCCAGACAGAAAGGAAAAGCCUUUCUGACUUCCAGCUGACUUUUUUUAGGUGCUACGAUGCUGCUUGGCUGCUGUUUGUGGACAAAAGGACCAACUUCAAACAGGGAAAUGGAUUUAAGUUAGCCGUUGCUAUAACAACCGCGAUCAUUCCCGUUCUAACUGGAGGACAUUCGGUGAAGAUUUGUUGUUUCGCUUUGGGACAAAGUUGGCGUAUGGAGAGAGACGAAGUUUCAUUUUUACGCAGCGUGUUUUCUUUGUUUUUUCCGCUACUAAGCCUCGGGGUUCACCGCGCAGCGCGUCGGGUGACAAAAACCAAAUAGUCAGAAUAUAUAUAUAUAUUUUUUUAUUCGAGUUUUUUCUUUCACUGACAAGACAAGAUAAGAGAGUGAAAUGGUGGACAACAAACCUCUCCUGCGGGACAGACCUCCCGCCUAUAACGCUGUUCCGGGUGCGCAUGAGUAUGGCCCCCAGCAGCAGCAGCAUGGGUACGGGGCCAUCCCCGCUGCGGCCCCGCCGCCCUACCACUACCCGGAUGGCCCAGGAUUCCCUCCGGCUCAGAUGGGCCCCGCUGUUUCCCAGCAGCCGUACACAUCCACCUACGCCAUCAUCCAGCCCUCUGUAGUGGUGGUGGGGGGCUGCCCAGCCUGCAGGGUCGGUGUUCUCGAGGAUGACUUCACCUGCCUGGGGAUCCUGUGCGCCAUCUUCUUCUUCCCUUUGGGCAUCCUCUUCUGUUUCGCGCUGCGUCAGAGAAGGUGUCCCAACUGUGGCGCCACCUUCGGCUAGAGGGACCAAACCGCAGCCCUUUCAUGCACUUCUCUCAUUCACAUGCAUACAAAAUAACAAAUGAUAAAGAUUACAAAGUGAAUUACAGUAUAUGAAAUCUAUUUUUCAUCUGCAAGUUUAGUAUCUAUGUUAUCACACAAGAGUCCAGCUGUUGUCAGUGCCUUCGCUACAUGCCGGGUGAUCAGAUUCCAUCAUUUUUAUUUUCCCAGGUCUGAGCAGAUUUUUUCUUUUUAACAGUCUGAGGCCAUUAAUUAUUUUUUUUUUGUCUUAAUUCUUUAUAUUUGCUUGCAGCCGCUACCUUUUAGUAAGCAUUGUACUCAGCUUUUUUGUGUCAAAUGUGUGGUUCACGUAGGCAUUGAAGUAAUGCUGUGAAUUAUAGUAAAAAGGAAUAUCUAUAGAUGUAUCCUGCUCCGGAUGGAACAGUGGACUUAUCCCUGAUGAAGCAUUUUGCCUGAUAUUUUUUAUUUUUUUUGUUGAUAUACAUUUUUGGGGCCAUAUUUUGCACUGACAGUUUGUCCAGUGGUGAAUCUGCUGGGUUGUGCUUCUCCAGGGCCGCUGCAGAUCUCAGGUACACACAAUCUGACAUGCCCUGGACUUUUACAACCUCACCAUAUUGGAUUUACUUAGAGAGGAAUGUUUUUGUUAAAGCGCAACCUCCUCUUUUAACCCCGUGGAGGACUGAAUAAAAGUUAAAAACUGGUAUAUCCUCAGAUUUUAACCUCCAUGUUUCUGUCUGCGACAAAUCACCUUCCUCCCAGCCUGACAAUCAAUUGACAGAUGUAUCUGUCUACGUCUUCCUCCACUGCAGGAUCGUGAGCAAUUUGAUGACGAAGAAGAAAUUAGUUGUUGGGAGUAAAAGAGAAUUGGCGUUAGGAAACACACUAAGCACGCUCUUAUGAUUGAGGUUCUUACUUUUUAUAUGAGUUACUGUAAUUAAAAAGUAAUGC